GCGGGGGCCGCUGGGGUCCGGCGGCGGGGCUCGGCGCGCUGGCACCGGCCGUUCCGAGCACAAACGGGCGACGCGGCGGGCGCCGGGCCUGGGUGCCGCAGGCGGGCUCCGGGGGCGUCCGUGGCGCUGGGCGGCCGGGGCCCUUCCGAGCCGCUGCUGCGCUGGGCCGGGGCUUGUCGCUCCGCUGCCGGCCAGGCGGCCCCGCGGGAGCCCCGACCAGAUCUGCCCUUUUAGUGUUUACAUCGGCUGGAGCGAGGGGAGCCUCGGUCGGCCCUGCUUCUACACCCAGUUAUCCUGUGACACCACCGAAGUAGGAAGAAUCGUGGCCGCUCCUCCUUGGAGACAGGGUCGGAGUUUAGGGCUGGGGACUCGCAGACGGACUGUUCCUCCCGCCGGAUCCUCUGGGCUUGGAGCUGCCUGGGAGGAAAAGAUCCAAAUCCAAGCUGUGCUUGUAUCUUACUCUUCAAACUAUGCUGGUCCUGAAGAGGAUGCAUUCCAGGGAGAUACUUUGUUGUCAGAAAUCCCAUUAUCAGAGGUAGAAGCAAUAGGAGACACUCAUAAAUGUUCCUGUACUUCAGAGAGUGGGAAGAUGGAAAGAUACCAUGAAGUGUUAAAUAAAACAAAUUGCAUGUAGUGGAAAGAUGGAAUUUACAUCUAGAAGGAUUAAAGGAAGUCUGUGGAAGAGAGACGAUUUACAUUAAAGUUAUAGACUAUUUUGGGGGGGAAAUCUGUGCUAGGAAUUAUGUUAAGAUAAAUGGACUUGGGCCGUAAAACAAGCUCAGACAUAACUAUAUUGGUCAAUGACAUAUCUAAGAAUAUUUUUUUGCAGUUAUAACCAGAUUAAUACCCAUUUCAUCUUUCCCAGAAAGGUAAGGGCUGGUCUUGGGAGGUCUUCUCUCUUACUGCUUCCAUAGGUCCAUCUAACCCCUAGUAAUCCUAAAAGGAUGUUAAAUAAGGUUACUUUCUUAGUGUUUUGUAUAAUGUGAUUUCAGGAUCACUUCCUUUUUUUCCCAGUUAUCUACCAUUUGACAGUACCUGAAAUUCUGCUUAAAAAUGUAAAUGUUUAGCUAAAAAUUGAUGAACUGAAAAAUACUAAAUCCCAUGCAUGCAUGUAUAAAAUUAUAUUCAAUGACCCAUGCCUUACCAUGUUGAUAAACAAGAAGAAACUUGGAACAGUGAGAUACUGUGUUCCUGAAGAUGAGGAGAGGGUACAGAAUUAGGUGGCUAGGCGCUUAAAAUAGGAAAGCUUUUCGAACUUAGGAUUUUUGCGAAUUGCUAGACUUAUUACUACUAGUUAUGUAUAGAUACAGAGAAGGUGUGCGAGGAGACGAUUUGUAUCCCAGGCAACUCUGGAAUGUUGACGAGCCGGGAAAGAUCAUGCUGACUCUACUUCACCUGAUUUAUGAGUUUUGUUUUGUUUUUACUGUCAAUGACUUCAUUUUAAAGGAGCUUCAUUCCCAGAGGAUUCAUUUCUCAAGGUGAAAAAUUAGAUUUCAAAGGCUGAAGCUGAAUGUAAGUGUUAAAUAAUGGCAACUGGUGACUUAAAAAGAAGCUUACGGAACCUAGAGCAAGUGCUUCGCUCUCUAAAUUAUCCUAACGAGGUGGAUUGUGUGGGCUUGGUGAAGGGGGAUCCAGCAGCAUGUCUGCCCAUCAUCAGCUAUUCCCUCACCUCAUACUCACCUUACGUAGCGGAGCUUCUGGUGGAAUCCAAUACAGAGCUCGUGGCAAAGAACGACUUGCGCUUUGUGGAUACUGUCUAUAAGCUUCUUCGUGAUCGAUUUAAUUAUAAACCAAUCUUGACAAAAAAGCAGUUUCUCCAGUGUGGGUUUGCAGAAUGGAAAAUCCAAAUCAUUUGUGAUAUUUUGAAUUGUGUGAUGAAAAAGCACAAGGAGUUAAAUACUCUUGAGAAGGCUCCAUCACAGCAUAGAAAGAAAAUCAGUUCUGGUAGGUCAGAAGCUUCUUCAAGCAGUGAGAAGACAUCUACGGAAACUGUUGGCAUUGACAUUGGUGGCAGGUUUAUGACUUCAGGGAAGAAGAAAGCUCUGGUGAUCCGUCACCUCUAUGACGAAGAUGGUGUUGAAAUUCCUGAAGAUGCACGAACUGCAGAUACAGAUGUUAAUGAAGCAUUUGACGUGUGUGAUGUACAGGCAACUGAAAUAAGGAUUCCUGAAGGAAAGGAAGUUGAAAUCAAGUCUGAGCAACAGGGCAUAAAAGUUCAUCCUGAGAUUACUGUACUGCAGACUCGGCUUGCUGACUGCCAGGAAAAGCUUAAAAAACUGACUUGGAUAGAGAGUAGAUUAGACUCUUUGGAAGAAAAAGUGAAAGGAAAAAUACUGGUAAAUGAAAAAAGCUGGAGUAAUCUUCUAAGUCGUGUCACUCUUCUUGAAACAGAAAUGCUUUUGUCUAAAAAGAGUGGUGCAUACAAAGAGUUUAGUGAAGUGAAUGAAGACUGUGCUCCUAGUACUGACAUGGAUAUUCUGAAUCUUGAUAGAAACAAAGAGGAGGGGCAACCAAGUAUUCCUCUGCCCUCUGGCUGCAGUGCAGUGUCACCAGAUUCAGCUCCCCAAAAUUCGGUUGUUAAUUACUCUGGUUUGAAAGGAAUUUCAGAGGAAACAACAAUCCAGAAAAUUGAAAGGAUGAAAAAAAUGUUUGAAGAAACUGCAGAGUUACUGAAAUGUCCAAAUCACUAAUUACAGAAUUUUCUGCGUGAACUUCUUUAGGACUUGGCUACUGUCCAUGUUGUAUAUUUUAAGAAUUCUCUACAAAUUUUAAUAUGCUGCAACAUUUUUUAGUAAGAAUAUGAAUUCUACUUGGUAUCUGAGCUUUUUUCAUUCAAUAUUGAAUAAAUAAGUAAUUUUGCUCUA